AUGCGAUAUAUUUUCCUUCCACCGUACUCCCCCGACUUCAAUCCUAUCGAGUUGGCUUUCUCCACAAUCAAAGCUUGGAUCCGUCGAAAUGGAGAUGUUGUUCGUGCCGCUAUGUCAGAGGAAGAUAAUAUUGGAGUGUACAGAUAUUUAAUGGAAGCGGUAUGGUCAAUCACAGCGGAGGAUGCUUAUGGGUGGUUUGAGCACUGUGGAUAUUUCUAG